AUGCCCUCUUGGACCCCUGAUUGGAGUGAUUUCCAGGUCUUCACUAAUAACAUUCGGACUAGUCUACCUUGGGUACACUACUCUGAUUCGUCCAGGGCCCCUUACUUUGGGUUUCCAAACCACUACAUCGCCUCGGGGAAUCACAAGCAUAGGCUCUAUGCCUCAGAUGAUCAAUCGAUACUACAGCUCGGCGGUAUAGAAAUAGACCAGGUUGCUCAAACGAUUCCAUUCAAUGGUGUUGGGUAUUCAAAGGAAGACUUUCGACAACUGUUUGGUUCAGAUAUCUGUCAUAUCUGGGACGGAGCGAUGCCAACGGCUAAGUCAGAUGACCCCAAGGUAUUGAUGCGCCGCCUCAUCGAAACCACAGCUGCCGGCCAACACAGAUCCUCUGAGAGUAACGAUGGGCAGAUCAUUGCUGACGGACUUGCAUACCUUCGCAAUCUGCCAUUGUCCUUAGAAGGCCACCGAAUGGAAGAGAACGACAGUUAUCAAAGUCACCUCCAGGCUGGUGGAAAUCCGGAACAAUAUGUCAAUCUCGCGAGUAAUUACUCAUUCUCUCGGGCAUUUAUCGUGAGCUGUAGGGGCAAGAUGGGUCUAGGCCCAUCAGACACCUGUGUUGGCGAUAGAAUAUGCAUACUCUUUGGAGGAGGAGUGCCUGAUGUGAUCAGGAAGCAGGGAACCAAGAGGGUACUCGUUGGCGAGCUUUAUAUGGAAGGUGUGAUGAAUGGGGAAGCCAUUCCGCUGGAUGAUAAAAGUGAUUUAAAGGAGGAGACCUUCGACUUUAUUUGA